AACCUCCCCCUCACACUAAUUAAGCACAUUAGCACAAAUAGCUAAAUUUUAGAAUAUACUCUCUUUUCCCAGCGUUCCAAACCUCGAUUUAUAUACUGUUGGCUCUUUGGGCAAGUUGGCCUCAAAUCAUGGGCAGUUUGAAGUGCUUUGCUCUUGUUGCUUUACUCAUGUCAACCUCUGCAAUGGUGUCUGAAAGCCGAGUGGCAAGAAAGGACCUGGGCUUGGACCUUGGUGGCGUUGGAAUUGGUCUUGGUGCAGGGGUAGGCAUUGGACUCGGAGGUGGAAGUGGUGCAGGCUCGGGCUCGGGCUCUGGUUCUGGGUCUAGCUCAGGGUCAGGUUCAGCCUCUGCCUCGGGAUCAAGUUCUGGGUCAGGCUCGUCUGGCGCUGGGUCAGAAGCAGGCUCAUAUGCUGGAUCUUACGCUGGGUCAAGGGCCGGAUCAGGAUCAGGAGGCAAUCAAGGCUCAGGCUCUGGUUUUGGACGUGGUGAAGGUUAUGGCGAGGGUUCUGGCAGAGGAAGUGGUUCCGGUAAAGGUUCUGGUUACGGUGAAGGUCGUGGUUAUGGCUCAGGGUCUGGGAGCGGACACGGAAAAUAAAGUCGCCCCAAUUUGCUUGGAAUGAAAUGAAAAGAAAAACAAAAAGUUUCACCAUUUUAAGCAUGAAUAAAUAAGUAGAUGGUGAUUGUGACGUGCGUCUAUGUAUCCUUAUAUGAUAUAUUUAUAUGGAAAAAUAUAAUUGCAAGCAUACUUAUAUAUUAA